UAGGUGAACCGUCUAGACCCCCUUGGGACUGCGAUGGUGUACCGGGUAGGUGGAUGCGGGGCAGGAUCAGGGUGCCACAAACUGCGGGUCGGGACUGGGGACUAGCCAAAACUGGCACCCAAGACGGAUGUCAUCAGUCGAUCACCGUCAAUGACUACAUGUAUUAAUUAGUAGUAACCAUUUGAUUGAAUAGUUUACCCAAUCUGCAAGAAACUCACUCAAAAUGUGUGGUAGAUAUGCUCUCAACUUGUCACCAUCGCAGGUACGGCGGAUGCUCGUAGAGCAGGACAUGCCGGUAGCGGAAGCGCCUAACGAUGAGGGAAACGAUACUCCUCGGAGGACUUUCAACUUCGCACCGGGCUACCAUGGCCUUGUGUACAGAGCCGACACUUCCGAUAGAGGCGCUGGCUCUCACCAUCACAGCGACACCGCGCGCACAGCUGGGGCCGAACCACCAAGUGAGCCUGAGAAGACGGAAGCUACCUACAAGCUCCAGUCGAUGAAAUGGGGCCUGAUACCGUUCUGGACAAAACGCAGCCCCGACUACGGCACGAUUAUGAAAGCCAUCAACUGCCGUGAUGACUCCCUCAGUACGCCCGGCGGCAUGUGGUCCAGCAUGAAGGCUCGGAAACGAUGCAUUGUCAUUGCCGAGGGGUUCUUCGAGUGGCUGAAGACGGGUCCUAAGAACAAGUUGCCGCACUAUAUCAAGCGGCGGGAUGGGCAGCUCAUGUGCUUUGCGGGCUUAUGGGAUUGUGUAGAGUACGAGGACACCCAUGAGAAGACGUACACGUAUACCAUCAUCACCACGGACGCGAACAAGCAAAUGCGAUUCAUUCACGACCGCAUGCCUGUCAUCCUUGACCCUGGUUCGGACGACUUGAGAACAUGGCUUGAUCCCGAGAAGAACGAGUGGAGCAAGGACUUGCAGUCGCUCCUGAAGCCUUACAGCGGUGAUCUGGAGAUAUAUCCCGUCAACAAAGAUGUAGGAAAGGUUGGCAACAACUCCCCGAGCUUUGUCAUUCCCCUUGAUUCAAAGGAGAACAAGUCAAACAUUGCCAACUUUUUUGGCAAUGCAGCCAAGAAAGCUGAGGGCCAACCAACGUCAGCAACCUUAGAACCCAAGGGUGUGGCAACUGAGAAGCAGAAGCAGGAGCAGGCAGCAGAACAUGGUGCUGUGAAAAGGAAAGCUUCUGAAGACGAGUUACAGACGACGCCAGCUCAAAAGACCUUGCGGUCAAGCCGUGAUGACUUGACGACCUCCAAGACGAUCAGUGCGACCAAGAACAACUCCAGGAGUCCCCAUAAAGUCAAGCCACAGAAAGGCACUCAGAAAAUCACGCAGUUUUUCGGAAACAGCGCCUGAGGCAGAAUUGUAGGCUGCUUUCCGCAGUCAGGGAAAGGUACCGUGGUCCUCUGAGCGGCUAAGGGGAAGCUUCAGCACGGCAUCAACACUCGGGACCAGUUCCCGACUAUUGUACCGGCCCAGUCUGGGUGUAACGCGAGGAGCGAAAACCAACGUCAUGGCAUCAAAGUCGUAACGGGCCGACGGCAUAAUGAUACGGCUACAUGGCCGCACGCAUUUCCUUGGAGUGCCGCUUAAUGAUGCUUCAUGAGCCUUCAUGGGCCUCAUGAUCAUGAGACCCAAGCCAGGACAGGCAACGAAUGAGUCCAGUCCCAGGGGACGUUUUGCCCAUCACAUUAUU